AUGUGUCCGCAUUUACUGGGAGUUGCUGGUUUAAGUGGAAAAGAACUUUGUGGGAUGACUGAGGAACGCCGAAUAUAUGCGACACCACCUACUUUACAGCGCUUUUUUGCUGGUAGAAGAUCGGAGCGAGUGGGAAGGGAAAAGAAGCAAUCGGCAGCGAUUGAAUCAAAUUCAGUUGUUUUGUCUGCGUCUGCAAAGCCGUUAGAAAUAUUUGCUGGUGCUGACGCUGCUACUGCUUGUGGUAGUGCUAGUAUUGAAGGGAUUAAUUCCAUAACUGAAAUGAGCGAUUAUAAGGACAAAACAACAAAAAAGCGGAAUUCAAGUCCUUAUCAUAUAACUGUUACUCCUCGAUAUGUUAUGGCAGGUCUGGCAGAUUUGGUUGGAAAAGCUCGAUCACCUUCGCUUGGGAGAAGAAAUCGUUCGAAACACGGACAAAGAGACAUUGGUACACUGAACACUGCACUACCGCUUGGGAUCAACACCUCUGGAAACACUUGUGCUAAUCAAGCCCAAGUAUCCGUGUCGGCUCUUUCCACUCCCACUUCUUCUCGUGAGCGCCAUUUGCCUUUUGGGAUUCUAACAACUCCGACUUCUUUGCCACAAAAAGACUCAUCACAUUCAAGCGAAUUGCCAGUUCCAGUGCGCUGUGCAGUUGAUACUUUGGCUGAAAAAGUGGCAAACUGGAAUUACGAGGAGGCUGCGGCUAGUAGUGGUAUUACCAUUGAGAGUUACGACUCGAAAAAACAAAGGUCACACUUGUCAAGCCGUUGUUCACAGCAGCUUGCAUCUAUUAGCCCAAUAGUUCGAGUUCAGUACUCAAACGAAAAUCUUUCGUCCUUAAAAGAUUUUCCGGAAGGUAAAGGUUAUUAG